GCAUCAGCGGCGGUGAAGGACGCGUCUCAGUGCGCACUGCACUGCUCAUCUCUAGGGACAUCACAAACACAACACACUCACUCACUCACUCACUCACUCACGGGUGUACUGUGGGUGGAGAAACACGCAUCCCGCUCAGACAUGGACCUGGAGGAGUUCACGGGCGUUUAAGAGACGCUCGCUACCAGUGUGUGAUCGCUCAGUGUGUUUUAGAAUCUUAGAGACAGAAGCGCAGGUGAAUUGCUCCGUGAAUCAUGACCGUGCGGCGUCUGUUGUGCUCUCUUCACGCGCAUGUUUUAGUUUACUAAUAGCCGUGAAAGCGUCCCGCAAAACAUCACGAUGAAGGACACUGGAGAAUCAAAGGAUCAUCAACUGACUGUGGCUCUGCGGAUUCGGCCAUUGAGUGAUGCUGAACUGGAGGAAGGAGCCACUAUUAUAGCCCACAAAUUGGAUGACCAGAUGGUGGUGUUGAUGGACCCUAUGGAGGAUCCAGAUGAUAUUCUUCGAGCUCAUCGAUCCAGAGAGAAGACUUACAUGUUUGAUGUGGCCUUCGAUUAUUCAGCCACGCAGGAUGAGGUGUACAGAUCCACCACUAAAUGCUUGAUUGAAGGUCUCAUAUCAGGGUACAAUGCCACUGUUUUCGCCUACGGACCCACAGGUUGUGGGAAGACUUACACUAUGCUGGGAACGGACCGAGAACCUGGUAUCUACGUUCGCACAUUAAACGACCUAUUCAAAGCCAUUGAAGAAACCAGCGAUGACAUGCAGUACAAUGUCUCAAUGUCCUACUUGGAGAUCUAUAACGAGAUGAUAAGAGACCUGCUGAAUCCAUCAUCUGGGUUUCUGGACUUGAGAGAGGACUCGAAGGGAGAAAUUCAGGUCGCAGGAAUCACAGAGGUCUCCACCAUUAAUGCACGAGAGGUCAUGGAGUUGUUAAUGAAAGGAAACAAGCAGAGAACUCAAGAGCCGACAGCAGCCAAUCAGACGUCUUCUCGCUCUCACGCUGUGCUGCAGGUGGGCGUGCGGCAACAGAGUCGAUGUCGAGACAUCCUGCAGGAAGUGCGAUUCGCACGUCUCUUCAUGAUCGAUCUGGCAGGGUCUGAACGGGCUUCACAGACGCAGAACAGAGGUCAGAGGUUAAAAGAGGGAGCUCAUAUCAACCGCUCUCUGCUCGCACUGGGGAACUGCAUCAAUGCUUUGAGCGAAAAGAAUGGCAACAAAUACGUCAACUAUAGAGACAGCAAGCUCACGCGAUUGCUCAAGGAUUCUCUAGGAGGAAACAGUCGGACGGUGAUGAUUGCCCAUAUAAGCCCUGCAUCUCUAGCCUUCGAGGAUUCACGGAAUACCUUGACUUAUGCCGACCGUGCCAAAAGCAUCCGCACACGGGUUAAGAGAAAUCUGUUGAAUGUGUCCUAUCACAUCGCCCAGUACACCAGCAUCAUCUCUGACCUGCGUAGCGAGAUUCAGCGGCUGAAGAAAAAGAUCGCAGACCAGGCCAGCAAACAGCUCAAUCCGGACAGAACAGACAUCCGCCAUGUUCAAGCGGAGGUGCAGGCUCACUCUUCUCAGCAGAGCCGGGCUGAGAUGGACCAACUGUGGGAGCAGCUGAUCGAUGCGUUUAGACAGCAGAUGGACAUCAGGAAGCGUCUUAUGGAGCUGGACAACAGCAACAUGGAAAUCCAGAUAGACACAUCCAAACACCUGCUGACAAUCGCAGACUGGGAGCAAGAACGCUUCAGGAGAAGAAAGAAGUGGCAGGGCGAGAGGAGGAAGGAGAGUUUUAAUAAGGAUGAAAGUGAGAAAGACUCAGACUCACCAGAAUCUUUGCCUGACAGCACAGAGACACAAGAGGUGGCCAUUGCCAGAGAUAACCUCGUCACGCUCAUGGCUGAGCAGAAGAAAAUACAAAAACAGAAGGCUGGAUUAGAGCAGCGCCUGGCAGAGCUCAGAGAGAAAGCACGCCGUCUUGAAGAGCUUCUCCCCCACCGCGUGAGCUCAGAGGAGCAGAGGGAAGUGCUUUGCCUCCUCUGCAAGGUUCACGAGCUGGAGAUCGAGAAUGCAGAGAUGCAGUCCAGCGCGCUGCUCAAGGACAACGUGAUCCGACAGAAAAACGUGGUAGUGCAGCGUUUCGAACAGCACAGACACCUCUGCCAUGAGAUCAUCCAGCAGCAGCGGAAAUUUAUUGCUGAUCACAGUCUCCUGGUUCCUCCUCACCUUCAAGAGCUUUAUGAGAUGUACAUGAAGGAAAUGGAUGAGAAGAACUUGGACAGAGUCGUGGCCCUGGAUAAGUUCACCAUUCGUACUUUUAAGGACGGUUCCCUGCCCAAGAUCACCCUCCCCAGUAGAGGUCGUGACCCCUUGCAAGAGAUGGAUUCAGACCAAGAGAGUGUUCACACACUGGGUUCAGACAACAGGGAAGGGCGGACGAAAUUGAGGAGACACACGCUGCCUCCGAUUCUCCCAGAGCCUGAUGGAGACCGAGUGUUUAAGAGUAGUCACAAACAGAUGAAGAACUCUGUAGUAAUGACUCCUCCACCCAUUCACAUCAAUGGCCAGGGCAACAGAGGGCUGUUGCCAUCUGUCCUGGAUGACGCUCUGAGAUGCAGCCAUCUCAGUCACAGUAUGAGCAGCCAUCUGGACUCCUCGCCUGAGAGCAGCGAGAACGGCACAGAUGCCCCUCUGACUCCUAAAGAGAGACAGCAGAUUCUAAGAGGUGUGCAGAACAUUGCGGUCAAGGCUGCUCGCCGCCGCUCUAAAGUGCUAGAAAUAGAUGCCCUGCGAUUGCCCCCGCCACCUUCACCCCUAGAUCCCAAGAAGCACAAGAGUAACCUGUCUUUGACCGAGGCGCCCCCUAAAGGCCUGGUGCUACGGCGUGGAAGACAGCCCAGUCCAGAGCUAUGCCACGCCACCUCUGAUGACAACCUGUCCAGCAGCACGGGAGAGGGACCCGCACCCAGCGGCACAUGGACUCGGCCGCGGAACCGGCAAGCUGUUAAGAACCCCGCUCCACGAGAGCAGGACUUUGAGGGUCGCAGACGCAAGAGGAGAUCUCGAUCGUUUGAAGUCACAGGACAAGCAUUGUCUCAGGCUAAGAACACCAGCCAGCGAUUUCGUCCCCUGGACAGCACUUCUGAUCCCCACCUGCACAUUAACGGUCAUCCCCCAGCCCCCCUUCUGCGCCCCCAACACAGAGCCCAGCCUCAGCUUACAAAAAUUCGACCCUCUCACAAUAUCCACCCAACAGGAUCAGCAGCAGAUGUCACUUCCUCCAACCUGCCCUCCCACCUCAUCAAGCGUGGCCCUCAAACCAGGCAACUUCAGCCCCUCCUGUACGUCACAACCACUGGAACAGGGGGCCAGCGCACCCGCAAACACUAAAGAGGCCCAAAAGCCCUGGCCUAAGCAUAGACUGUCUCCUCUCGACCCCAGCAUCAGCACUAUGGAACCAGUAAAACAUGUAGAGACCAAGUAGAAGGUUUCUUCUUAUAUCCAAAUUGAAAAGCUGCACCAUGAAAAAAAAAAACAUUAAUGAAAACUGGGCUACAAAGAAGACCAUGUAACCCUAUUGUGCUGCCUGAGUUUUUACAAAAUUUCUCCGAGCCUUUCUCUGAAGAUGUCAGCUUUUAAUUUUUUGAAUCCAUUGGCUUAUGUAAGUUGCAAAAAAUGAUUGUCAUGAAUUCAAUGGCCUUGACUUGUGUAAAAACUUUAACACAAUGACAUGCAAACAUAGUUUAAAGCCGAGCCAAUGCGACAGUGAAUAAAACCUGCCUCAGAUGCCUUCCGAUUGAAUAUGUAUAUCAGGCCUUAUAGUGACAACUGAAAUUCAUUAAGCAGUUCCCAAAAACAUAUUUAUCUCUGCAGAACUGAAACGGUGUUGCUUGUUUAUGCGACUAAGGAAUCAGAUAUACCCCUCUCAUUCCCCAGGGAGCAAUAUAUAUUUCGCAGCUUCUCUGGCUGUGAAAGUAUUGCUCCCUCAGGCCUUGCACAAAUGAAUGUACUGUCACAUUGCUUAUGAUUCAUAUGUCUGGCUUCUGUGACCGUUCCAUUUACUGAUGUCAUUUUGUGUUUACUGGUAAUAAUCAAUGUAAAUUUGCCUGCACUGUCAUGCAGGUUUCAGCGUAGCUGUUUUCUCUAAAAUCCUUUUGGGUUUGUGUUAGUUCUUAGUACCAGACAAGGUGGUAUACUGUAUUUAACAUAGUUCAUACCCUCAGUGGAAUGUUUUUAAUCAAAAAAGGGAAAAAAAAGAGACCGUAUUGAAAAAGACUGUAAUUGUGUUUUGUUUUUCGGAAUUAUACAUGCAUAGGCAUUUUUUUCUACUCUUAAUUUUAUACCUUUUUUGUAACCAAAUAAAUUUGACUGACAAAG